AUGGAAGAAGGGAUUGAUUUGUGCCUCAGAGCAAGACCUUCAUACAAGGUUGUCCUACUUGUAGCAACUGUAUUAGCAGUGCUGUGCUUUAGGGUGGGCAAUGUUGCUGCCAGUAGUAACUGUAUUUUGGACAGACUUGUCCAGCUUCCUCAACAGAAUUAUCAGUCUGGGGACCUCAUCAUUGCAGGAAUAAUUUCUCAGAGCUUCAUUAUAGCUAAUCCUAUAACCUUCACAACACACCCCACUCCUGAAGUGUUUGAAGAUCACCUGAUAUUUGUUCAAAUCUACCAGCACAUCCUAGCCUUGGAAUUUGCUAUAAAGGAGAUCAAUGAAAAUGCUCAGAUCUUACCAAACAUUACCCUGGGUUUUCAUAUCACAAAUAGCCUUUUCAUUCCAAGGGAGACCUAUCUGGCUUCAAUGGCCAUUCUCUUCAGUAAGGAGAGAUUGAUUCCUAAUUACAAAUGUGAUGGAGAAAUGAGUCCAGUGGCAGUUAUUGGGGGACCAAUUCCUGAUGUCUCUGUUUUCAUGGCCAGAAUUCUGAGCACUUUCAAGAUUCCUCAGCUUGCAUAUGGUUCAUCUCCUGUGCUAAAAGAAAAAAUCCAAGACGUUUUCUUCCACCGAGUGUUUCCAAAUGAGAAUUAUCAGUAUAACGGGGUUGUGCAUUUGCUGUUGCAUUUUGGGUGGACAUGGAUUGGCAUGAUUUUCCUAAAUUAUGAAAAUGGAGAAAGAUUAUUAUGGAAUGUGCUCCCUAUGUUUUCCCAGAGUGGGAUUUGCUUUGAGUUCAUACAAGAAUUGCCUGCAGUAGAUUUCAUAAGUGGCUUUGAAAGAAUUAUGGAACGAUUUUCUGAAAUAUACGAAGUUGUGAUCAGUGGUACAGUAAAUGUUGUCUUCUUUCAUGGAGAAAUUCAGAGCAUUCUGAUGUUGAGACUGCUCCCAUGGGCUGCAGAUUAUGCUAGGUUGCCAAAAGAGGAAAAAGGGAUAGUCUGGAUCAUGGUAGCCCAGGUGGAAUUCAUUUUCCUUCCCUUCCAAAGAGAUAUGCAGAUCAAUAUCCUCCAUGGGGCUUUUUCUCUUGCAAUUCACUCCAAGGAGGUGAUGGGAUUCCAGAGAUUUCUUCAGAUGAGAAAUCCUAUCUCAGAAAUGGCAGAUGACUUUAUCAGAGGAUUCUGGAAGGAGGUGUUUCUUUGCUCUUUCCCUGACUCCUUUUCAGAUGGGACAGCUGAGAAGAACUGCACUGGGGAAGAGAAGCUGGAAUAUCUUCCUGGUUCUGUUUUUGAAAUGAGCAUGACAGGCCAUAGCUAUAGUCUUUACAAUGCUGUCUAUGCUGUGGCACAUGCUUUGCAUGCCAUGUGGUCCUUGGAAUGGAAUAGUCGAAGUCAGAAGCUUCAGAAUGACCAGCUGUGGCAGCUCCAUCAUUAUCUAAGAAGCAUCUCAUUCAACAAUAGUGCUGGAGAUGAAAUUUCUUUUGAUUCAAAUGGAGAAUUAGUAGCUGGAUUCGAUGUUAUCAAUUGGGUCACAUUCCCAAAUCUGUCAUUUGUCAGAGUAAAAGUAGGAAAGGUGGAUCCUUUUGCUCCAGAAAACAAUUUUUUCACAACUUUUGUUGAUAACUUCAUGUGGCCCAGCAUGUUUAAUCAGGUCCAGCCUCUUUCUCUGUGUAACAAUAAAUGCAGCCCUGGAUAUACAAAAGCCACAAAGGAGGGGAAGCCAUUUUGCUGCUAUGAUUGUCUUCCAUGUCCACUUGGGAAGGUCUCUCAGCAGCAGGAUUCAGAUGACUGCUCCCCAUGUCCAGAAGGUUCCUAUGCAAACCAUAACCAGGAUUCAUGCAUCCCUAAAGACAUACACUUCUUGUCAUAUGAAGAACCCUUGGGAGUUAUUUUGGCCAUGCUUGCUCUCUCCUUUUCGUUCACUACAACUUGGGUGCUUUGGAUUUUUAUUAAGCACCAAGAUACUCCAAUUGUCAAGGCCAACAAUCAAAAUCUCACGUACUCACUCCUUGUUUCUCUGCUGCUCUCCUUCCUUUCUGUUUAUUUAUUCAUUGGCCAUCCCAACAAAGUGAUGUGUCUCUUUCAACAGCCUGCUUUUGCGAUCAUAUUCUCUGUGGCAGUUUCUUGUGUGUUGGCCAAAACUGUCACUGUAGUAUUAGCUUUUGUGGCCACCAAACCUGGAUCAAGGAUGAAAAAAUGGGUGGGAAAAGGUUUGGCAAACUCCAUUGUUCUUUCUGGCUUCUUCAUCCAAGCCAUCAUUUGCACUGUUUGGCUGACAACCUCUCCUCCAUUUCUCCAUUUUGACAUACACUCCCUGCCUGAAGAAAUCAUCUUAGAAUGCAAUGAAGGUUCCACUGUAAUGUUCUAUUGUGUCCUGGGAUUCAUGGGACUGUUAGCCAUGAUAAAUUUUACGGUGGCUUUUCUUUCUAGGAAAUUACCUACCAGUUUCAAUGAAGCCAAAUUUAUUACUUUCAGCAUGUUGGUUUUUUGCAGUGUUUGGUUGUCCUUUGUUCCAAGUUAUCUGAGCACCAAAGGGAAAUACAUGGUGGCUGUGGAGAUCUUCUCCAUCUUGGCUUCUAGUUUUGGAUUAUUGGGUUUGAUUUUUUUCCCCAAAUGCUAUAUCAUUAUGGUGAGGCCAGAACUGAAUGACAAGAAGCAACUGUUAAGGGGAAGCAUUUAA